UAGCAAAAGUCACAUACUGGUUUAAGAGUUUGGUAAUUCGUUCGACUAUUUCCUCUUCCAAUGCCUACCGAAUCAAAGCCUCCGCUACUAGUACUAGUGAGGCAAUGGGUGUAAUAUUCCUUAAUUCACCGACCAACAAAUUCAUCCCGAAUAAUAACUUCCAAUUCUGUCCCAAAAAAUUAAUAUUAUCGCAGGGAGGAGGAACGAGAAAAAUUCCAAUUUAUCAAUGUAAUACCAUAAUUAAUGCGAAUAAUGCUCUCAGAAUAUCCUACUGGAAUUUGCCCUCAUGGGUUCUGAAACCCUAUAAAAGAAAGAAGCAGCAGCAGUGUGAAGUUGGUGGGAAUGGAACUAGCAAUAGCAAAGAGGAUGGCUCGGAUGAUGCUAUGGACGAGGCUAUUCACAUGGACGACCAAAUUCCAGAGACUUCUGAUAAAUUUGUGAAGAGGGUGUCUUCUAGAGCAUAUGACAUACGCAGGCAGUUAAAACAGAGUAUAGAGUCUAGCAGCUAUGACGUUUUGGAGGCAAAUCCAUGGAGGGAGGACUCGAAGCCUGUUUAUGUGCUUGCUCAGGGGGAGAAUCAAUUGUGGACAAUGAGAACUCGAAGAGCUCGCAGUGAGGUGGAGCGGGAGCUUGGUAUCUUGUUUCCAAAGCAAGGAAAUAAGAGAACUGAAAUUGGAAGUCAAUUGAAAAAGUCUGAUGGCGACACUCGGUUCCGCAUGCUGGUGGAGGAUGUUAGAGAAGGAGUUCUUGUAUUUGAAGAUGAAGAAGAUGCAGCAAAGUACUGCAACUUAUUGGAGGGUCACCAUGGACAAGGCUGUGCUGGUGUUGCUCAGCUUGAUGCAUCAUCGGUAUUUGAUUUAUGUAAAAAAAUGAAGGCUUUGGCUGUUUUUUUUCGUCGAGGAAGAAGCCAUCCAUUACCAGAUAACCUUGAACUCGAUCUAAAAGCUCGAAAGCGAUCUUUGGAAGAUCAAGAGUAAUUAUCUAGUCUUAUCAAAUGUAACUAAGAUGCAAUUUGAACUCUAUUGUUAAUAAUAUUCAACAUUGUUGAAGGGCAUUCCCGUUGAUGUUUAGCUUUGUUUUAAAAAUUGUCAUUUAUUUAUAGAUAUCAUCUAUUGGUGGUUGGUUUA